AUGCAGAAAGUAGAAGACGAAGCCAUCUCCUGUGCAUCAAAACUCUUGGAACCGGUGCUGGAACCGGUUGUGGAGGAGAUUCGUCAUGCUGUCCAGUAUAGGAAAAGGGUGAAGGGGCUGGAAGAAGAACUUGCGAAGCUGAAGAAGGAGAAAGAAGACGUAGAGAGUUCUGUCAAAGAAGGGGAAGAAAAAUUUGGGUAUCUGGAGAGAAAAAAACAUGUGGGGACAUGGAUUUCGGAAGCAAAUGCUUUCAUAGAAAAAGAAGAGAAAUCCGUCAAAGACGAAGCUGAGAAAGGAUGUUUCAUAGGCUUCUUUCGUAAUCUGCUGAGAUGUAACAAGGUGAGUAAGGAAGCUGAGACGGCAAAAUUGGCUGGAGAACAUCUCGUCCAACAAAAGGUGAAUUUCGAACAUCUUUACUUGCAGCGUCGUGAUUUGGAUAUGAGCCGAUCGUUACAUGAUACAAACUACAAAGCGUUUGAUUCAAGAAAGUCUGUUGAAGAGAAGAUUAUAAAGGCGUUAAAGGAUGGUAAUGUCUACGUGAUUGGGGUCCAUGGGAUUGCCGGCGUGGGCAAAACAACGCUGGUGGAGAAAGUGGCGUCGGUGGCCAUGGAAGAUAAGCUAUUUGAUGCGGCGGUUAUGGUGGAGGUAACAAAGUCUCUGAAGAACGUCGAAAGAAUUCAAGAAGAAAUUGCCAGGCAACUCGGAUGGCAAUUGACAGAGACGGACGUGAAAGAAAGGGCUGCCAGAUUGCUUGAUAGUUUGAAGAGACAGACGAGAAGAAUUCUGGUUAUAUUGGAUCAUGUUUGGGUAACAACAAACUUGAAUGUCAUCGGCAUUCCUUUGGGCUUUGAAGCAAAAGCAGUAAAUGAAAGUGGGCGAUUGAAAAUAUUGCUCAUUUCAAGAAGUAAAGAAGUGGUUGGAAAUUAUGCAGACCCUGAAAACAAUUUCCCAGUUCAAGCUUUGAGUUUCCCAGAAUCCAAGAAUUUAUUUGAGUCCAUAGUAGGAGACUUGACAAUAUCAGAUUUGGCUGGUGAGAUUGUUAAAAGAUGUGCAGGAUUGCCAUUGGCAAUCAAAGCAAUUGGAAAUGCGGUCAAACAAAACAAGAACAUUUCAUUCUGGCAAAACAUAUUGGAAGAUUUGAAGAAUUUCAAAGGGGUGGAUAACGAAGUGCAGCAUAUUUUGAAGCGGAGUUAUGAAUUUGUGGGCAAUGAGGAUGCCAAAUCCUUGUUUCUGCUUUGUGCUGUGUGUACUAGCGCAGGAGAUAAAAUCUCUACCGACUACUUGUUCAAAAUUGGCACGGGAUUGGGUUUGUUUCGAGAUGCUUUUACAUUGAAAAGAGCAAGGAAUACUGUGCUUUCAUUGAUUGAUAAUCUUAGAGCUGCCUGUUUGUUGUUAGAUACUGGAGUUGAUGACAGAUAUGUUAAAAUGAGCCACACGAUGCACAGUGUUGCUGUGUCCAUUGCUGAGGCAAAGGGUAAGAUCAAUGUUAGUAUUCCUAAAGGGGCUAAUUCGAAAGAGGUCCUGGAAAGUAAAAUGUCUGAAGAUUUAACUUAUCUGUCACUGAUUAAUGGAGAUAUCAAUGAGCUUCCUGAAAGAUUAGAAUGUCCAAGUCUGAAGCUGCUUUUGCUCUUAUCGAAAGAUAAAGAUGAAGAUGAAAAUAAAGAUGGUUUUCUAAAUAUACCCAACAAUUUCUUUCAUGAGACUAAAGCACUAAAAGUUUUGUAUCUGGGUGGCGUCAACAUUCCAUCAGAGCCUUCACUUCUUUCUUGCCUGAAGAAACUCCGAACGUUGUGUUUGAAGAGAUGCAGGCUGAAUGAUAUAGGAAUAAUCGGGGAGCUGAAGGAACUGAUGAUUCUGAAAUUUUCAUACUGUGAUUUUGAAGUUUUACCAGGAGAAAUAGGAGAUUUGAGCAAGCUGAAGUCCCUGGAUUUGAGUAACUGUCCAAAACUCAAGCAAAUUAAACCAAAUGUCAUAUCAAGGCUAACCCGAUUGGAAGAACUGUUUGUGGCAAACAGCUUUAAUCAAUGGCAGGGUGAAGGAGACUGUAAUCAACAAGGAAGUAAUGCUAGUCUUGCUGAGUUGAAGAAAUUGCCUCUCCUGUAUGGCUUAUACAUACAUAUUCCCAAUGCUAAGAUUAUGCCAAGGAAUUUGUUUGACCCUGAAAAGCUGGAAAGGUACAAGAUACUUAUUGGAGAAAAAUGGGAAUGGUAUGGCAAGUGUACAACAGCAAGAACAUUGAAACUCAGCAAUGGUCAUAGUUUCUUAGGGACUUCUGGGAUUGACAUUUUGUUUGACAAAGUUGAAGAUCUUAACUUGGAUCAACUGAGCGGGGUUGAAGACAUAGUUGAUGCUCUCCAUUCAGAGAAAGGUUUCCCAGAGUUGAAGUAUCUUUCUGUUAGGAAUAGUAGAGAUCUUUUUUAUAUUUUCAACACAGAGAAGGCGCAUUGUCACACUGCCUUUCCUGUGUUGGAGUCACUUUUUCUCCAUAGACUGAUGAAAUUGAAGAAGAUAUGUGAAGGCCGACUCUAUGCAGAUUCUUUUUCCAAAUUGAGCACCAUAAUAAUUAAACGAUGUCAUGAGUUAGAGCAUGUUUUCUCCAUCUCCAUGGCAAAAAACCUUUCACAUCUCCGGGAACUUGAAGUCACUGACUGCAAGAAGCUAAGAGAGAUUUUCGGUGAUAAAGAAAUUGAAGAAUCUACAGACCAUGAUGAUCAAAAGAUUGUGUUGCCAAAACUUUUAAGGUUGACCGUGAAAGAAUGUCAUGCUUUGAAAUUUAUGUUUCCAUCUACUGUUGUUGAAUUCCCCUCCUUGAAUGCAAUUCACAUUGAGGGUUGUCAAAGUUUGAAGACAUUCUUCUCCAGGAAAGAAGAUGAAGAAAUGAACUCAGAGAAUGACACUACAGUUUUGCAUCCCCUCUUUGAUGAAAAGGUUCAUUGUCCAAGCUUGGAGAAGAUGAUACUCUUACACUUGGAUAGCAUCCAGUUUAUAUGGCACAAUAAUCUCCACGUUGGUUCUUUUUGCAAACUAAAGGUAUUGAGAGUUGAAUUCUGUGGAAAAUUAACCAGUUUUGUUCCUCCUGAUGCUCUCACAAGAUUAUCUAACAAUCCACAAAGACUUCAAACCUUUCAAAAUCUCGAAAUUGUAAGGGUUACAAAAUGUCAGAGUAUGAAAAACCUCGUUCCAGUCUCUAUAGCUGUAGGUCUCUGGAAACUUAAAGAGAUUGAGAUAAUCUCAUCUGGGUUGGAGGAAAUUGUCUCCAUGGAGGAAGUAGAAGCUGCCCCAAAGUUUGCGUUUCCACAAUUGAAUUCCUUGGAACUUGUGGAUUUACGAAAACUCAAAAGUUUCUAUCCGGGGUCACACACAACAGAGUCGCCAUUGCUAAAAUGCUUGGUGGUUUAUGAUUGUCCUGAGCUUCAUACCCAAUCCGAAAACCUAACUCAACAUCCCUUGUUUUCCCCUGGAAAGGUAUGCAAUUUUGAUUUUAGAGAUUUUAUUGCUUUUCUUUGCUUUGUUUGCGGAAUAUGA